AUGAGCGACGAGUUGCCCACGCCGCCCGUGCCUAUUCCAGGACUACAUGCUGGUAGUAAGAGCGAUUUUCGUGAAGAUCUGGACGUGGAAGAGCUUAUUGAGCGUAAUCGUUGCCAUGAAGAUUACUACAAGCUUGAGAAGUGCCUGGCAGACUAUGACCGCGACUGGAGAAAGUGUCAGGAACAGGUCAAAAAGCUGAAAGAAUGCAACGAUCGCAUUCAUGACCUUCGUCAAGCAACUGAUGCUGCUACUUCAGGUCGUGAUAAACACUAA